CCGAUCGCAAUAGCAAAUGAAAUGGUGUUUGUUCAUAUCAACAGCCGUACACCUCUCGUUAAAACUAUGCGUUUCUGGUAAAUGUUGAAAUUAGCUAGCGAAAUUACUGUUCAAAGCGAUAAGAAUUCAAUCGUUUCAAAUCGGUGUGUUUGUUAAGGUGCGAAAUCAAAAUAUGCCUUUCGCGAACAAAGAAAAAUCGGUUAAGACAUACGGAAUAAAUUCAAAUAGCAUUCCUCCAACGGAAAAUCCACCAUCAUGGAAAUUCUGGAAGAAGAGACGAUACGUGGUAGCGACCCUCGCAUUUUUUGGAUUUUUCAAUGUCUACUGCUUAAGGGUUAAUUUAAGUAUUGCUAUCGUUGCCAUGACCCAAGAUAGAUUUUCGACUCUGGAGAACGGAACCCGAAUAUCUAUGGGUCCCGAAUUCGACUGGAGCAACGAAAUGCAGGGUUACAUUCUGAGUUCUUUCUUUUACGGUUAUAUAACCACCCAACUCCUGGGGGGCUACUUAUCGGCUAGAUUUGGUGGUAAAAUAAUAUUCGGAGCCGGUAUAGGUGUAACAGCGCUACUGACUCUUGUGACGCCAUGGCUAGCUAGCGCUCACGUUUACCUCCUCCUAGCUGUAAGAAUCAUUGAAGGUAUUUUCGAGGGAGUUACGUAUCCAUGUAUACACGCAAUCUGGGCGAAAUGGGCACCACCACUGGAACGAAGCAGGCUUGCCACCAUAGCGUUUUCCGGAAGCUACGCUGGCACGGUAGUUUCAAUGCCAGCUUGCGCUUAUUUGGCGAGCUCCUUCGGUUGGCAAAGCAUAUUUUACUGUUUUGGGAUAAUUGGCUUAAUUUGGUACGGGCUGUGGUCGCUCGUGGUUACCAAUUCUCCGGAAGAGGACAAACAUAUAACCAAGAGCGAAUUGGAAUAUAUUCAGAGGUCUCUGAGCGAUGGUGGGAGCAACAAAGAGCUAAAUAUUCCAUGGCAAGCGAUUCUAACUUCGAAAGCUGUUUGGGCGAUCGUUAUUUCCCAUUUUAGCGAGAAUUGGGGCUUUUACACCCUGUUAACGCAAUUGCCGAAAUAUUUGAAAGAUAUCCACAAUUAUGAUCUUGGCAAGUCUGGGUUCCUAUCCGGUCUUCCCUACCUUGUAAUGGCAAUAAUGAUGCAAUUUUCUGGUCAGUGGGCAGACUGGUUCCGAACCAAAGGCAUCCUGACGACCACGCAAGUCAGAGUCAUUUUCAAUUGUAGCGGAUUCGUAGCUCAAACCAUUUUUAUGAUGGGCGCUGCCUUUUGGUCCGACAAAGUAGGAACCGUCUUCUGUCUAACUCUAGCUGUAGGACUUGGAGCUUUCGCUUGGGCUGGAUUCAGCGUGAAUCAUUUGGAUAUUGCGCCGCAAUACGCUAGUGUCCUGAUGGGGAUCGGCAAUACGAUCGCCACAUUACCUGGAAUAGUGAGUCCCAUUUUGUCGGGAUACAUCGUCUCCAAACCGCCUGAGGUUUCUGAGUGGCAAAUAGUUUUUUACGUGUCGGCUGGCAUCUAUUUGUUUGGGGCAGUGGUGUAUGGCACGUGCGCUUCGGGAAACCUUCAGCCGUGGGCGACAGAAAGUCGGGAGAAAAUGGAAAGAAACGGCGUGGAAAACAAAACAUUUACAUCCGAUGACGAAUUGUAACGGAUUCCAGAACAUAUUCGGUUUGUGUGAUAUGUACAAGUAUUAGUCUCCACGAAAAACAUAUUAUUUUUCACCAUUUUAUGAUAUUAUUAUAUACUAAUAGAAAAUUGCAUAUAAAGUAAUGUCAUGCCACUGUCAUCGAUUUUUGAAAUUGUUAUCCCAUUCUUUACCGCCUCUUUAUA